AUGACUUGGAAAUGCAGGAUAAGUGCCAAUAGACUGCAACUUUGCAGGUUUUCAGAAGUUAAUGAAGGUUUCCGUUUAAUUACGCAUCUGAGAGGCAUGCGCGUGGUGCUAGUGCUACUUUCUACACUGCUGCUUGUUAUGCUAUCAGGGGCUCAGAGAGCUUGCCCAAAGAACUGCAGAUGUGAUGGCAAAAUUGUGUAUUGUGAGUCUCAUGCUUUCGCAGAUAUCCCAGAGAACAUUUCUGGAGGAUCACAAGGCUUAUCAUUACGAUUCAACAGCAUUCAGAAACUCAAAUCCAAUCAGUUUGCCGGCCUUAACCAGCUUAUAUGGCUUUAUCUUGACCAUAAUUACAUUAGCUCAGUGGAUGAAGAUGCAUUUCAAGGCAUCCGUAGACUGAAAGAAUUAAUUCUAAGCUCCAACAAAAUUACCUAUCUGCACAAUAAAACCUUUCAUCCAGUUCCCAAUCUCCGCAACCUGGACCUCUCCUACAAUAAACUUCAGACAUUGCAGUCGGAACAAUUUAAAGGUCUUCGGAAACUCAUCAUUUUGCACUUGAGAUCCAAUUCAUUAAAGACUGUGCCAAUAAGAGUUUUUCAAGACUGUCGAAAUCUUGACUUCCUGGAUCUGGGUUACAACCGUCUUCGAAGCUUGUCCCGAAAUGCUUUUGCUGGCCUCUUGAAGUUAAAGGAACUCCACUUGGAGCACAAUCAGUUUUCCAAGAUCAAUUUUGCGCAUUUUCCACGUCUCUUCAAUCUCCGCUCAAUUUACUUGCAGUGGAACAGGAUUCGCUCCAUUAGCCAAGGCUUGACAUGGACUUGGAGUUCCUUACACAACUUGGAUUUAUCAGGGAAUGACAUCCAAGGAAUCGAGCCGGGCACAUUUAAAUGUCUGCCCAAUUUGCAAAAAUUGAAUUUGGAUUCCAACAAGCUUACUAACAUCUCACAGGAAACUGUCAAUGCGUGGAUAUCAUUAAUAUCCAUUACUUUGUCUGGAAAUAUGUGGGAAUGCAGUCGGAGUAUUUGUCCUCUGUUUUAUUGGCUUAAGAAUUUCAAAGGAAAUAAGGAAAGCACCAUGAUAUGUGCAGGACCUAAGCAUAUCCAGGGUGAAAAGGUUAGUGAUGCAGUGGAGACAUAUAAUAUCUGCUCUGAAGUCCAGGUGGUCAACACAGAAAAAUCCUACCUGGUGCCCCAAACUCCCCAGAAGCCUCUGAUCAUUCCUAAACCUACAGUCUCUAAAUCUGACCCCACCCAACCCACCCCUGAAACACCAAGCCCCUCCCCAGGGUUUCAGAUUCCUGGCACAGAACAAGAGUAUGAGCAUGUUUCGUUUCAUAAAAUUAUUGCAGGGAGCGUGGCUCUCUUCCUCUCGGUGGCCAUGAUCCUCUUGGUUAUCUAUGUAUCUUGGAAACGCUACCCAGCCAGCAUGAAGCAACUUCAGCAGCACUCUAUUAUGAAGAGACGGCGGAAAAAGACCAGAGAGUCUGAAAGACAAAUGAAUUCCCCUUUACAGGAGUAUUACGUGGACUACAAGCCUACAAACUCUGAGACCAUGGAUAUAUCCGUUAAUGGAUCUGGCCCCUGCACAUAUACCAUCUCUGGCUCCAGGGAAUGCGAGGUAUGA